AUGGAGAAUUUCAUGCAAUCAAAAGAAUAUUGGAGUAUAACAGAAGAUGGGAUUCUUGUAGCAGUAGAAGGAGUUCAACUUAGUGAAGCACAAAAGAAGGCACUUGAUGAUGCAAGAUUGAAAGAUAUGAAGGCUCUUCAAAAGGAGUUUGAGAUGCUAAACAUGAAGGAGGGAGAAUCUGUAAAUCAGUACUUUACUCGCACUCCUACUAUAGUCAACCAGCUGAGAAUCACUAAGGCAAAGAUGGAUGAUGUAGCAGUCAUCGAGAAGAUACUGAGAUCCAUGACAUCCAAAUUUGCUUACGUGGUGUGUUCUAUUGAAGAGUCAAAUGAUUUGGAUGUUCUUACUAUUGAUGAAUUACAAAGUAGCCUUCUAGUACAUGAGCAACAUAUGAAAUCUCAUGUUGUGGAAGAGCAAGCAUGGAAGGUUACUUUUGGAGAGUCUUCAGGAGAAAGAGGACGAUAG